UGGUUUAGCGCAACUAGGUACUCAAGCGAUGGAAUCGUACGAGUUGCACGUAUAGCGCGUAACUGCGCGUGUUGUAUCGGUCACUCGCGGGCUUUUGAUUUAAAUGCUGGUUCAUUGUCUUUGCGAAGGUUUAUCAGUGCAAGUGAGACGCGAUGCUGCCCACUUCGGCCAGUUGUAUACGCAUCCAGCAAAGAUGGAUAUUCGCGGUGAUGGGUUUCUUGGGACUGUUCAACGCUUACGCGAUGCGCAUCUGUCUGUCGAUCGCAAUCACGGAGAUGACCGUGCCUGUGAACAUCACCGAGGAGCUGAUCGACGACACGUGCCCGGAUCUCGAGCAACCAUUAACGAGCAACGCCACUGUUGUUUUACCACCGCACAGAGGCACUUACGUUUGGAGCGAGUACACUCAAGGUGUGAUACUCUCGUCCUUUUACUGGGGAUACAUAUUCACUCACAUACCGGGUGGACUAUUGGCUGAAAAAUUCGGCGGCAAGUACACCCUCGGCCUCGGAAUAUUCUUGACCGCGAUAUUCACGACUCUGGUGCCUCCUCUGGUAAAAUGGGGCAACUCCACGGUCCUGAUCAUCCUGCGAGUGCUGAUGGGCUUUAGCAGUGGCGUCAUCUUUCCAGCGCUCAACGUAAUAUCACAAUCUAUAUUGAAUAAUACGAAGAAAAAUAUAAAAUUUUAA